AUGCCGCCUUUCUUUAUGUUCUCCUCCCAUCUGCUGCCCCUGCUGCACUUCUCUCCUACCAGGAUCUCCAAUUCUUCCUUGGACCUUCCGUUUACCAGGCUUCCUGUGUAUGCCUGGGGCGCCGUGCGCCGGAGCUUGUGGCGUCAAUGCGCCCGCCGUGUCCAUGGAGAGAGGCUGAGGUGGCCGAGCUCCGGCCCGAGGCAUCGGGGCGCCGGGACGGCGAGGAUGUCGGCUUCGUUAGUCCGGGCCACUGUCCGGGCUGUGAGCAAGAGGAAGCUGCAACCCAUCCGGGCCGCCCUCACCUUGACACCUUCAGCAGUAAACAAGAUAAAACAGCUUCUUAAAGAUAAGCCUGAACACGUUGGUCUGAAAGUUGGUGUCCGAACCAGGGGUUGUAAUGGCCUUUCCUACACUCUGGAAUAUACAAAGACAAAAGGAGACUCUGAUGAAGAAGUUGUUCAAGAUGGAGUCAGAGUGUUCAUCGAGAAGAAAGCACAGCUAACACUUUUAGGAACAGAAAUGGACUAUGUUGAAGACAAAUUAUCCAGUGAGUUUGUGUUCAAUAACCCAAACAUCAAAGGAACGUGUGGCUGUGGAGAAAGCUUUAAUAUUUGACUCCUCAGGACUACUCGGGCUGUAGGCCCCAGGAGAGCUGUGGAAGCUCUAGGGCUUAUUGAAGAAGUCAUAGGACUGUCACAUGCUUAAGGUUUGUAAUGUAUGGCUGCCUUACAAGGAAAAUAAACUGAUGCAUUUGAAAAUGAA